AUGCAUCGUCUGCGAAGUUCAGUUACCCUCUGGCAAGUGCCACGAGCCUUGUCAUGCUCAACCCCACGCCGUAACUUGAUAGCUGCCUCUAGUAGGUUCAACAGUUCUGUACAGUCAGACUCUGACGGCAAAUUGGAUCAUGUUGCCCCAAAAAUUGAAAGUCAACAUCCGAUACCACAAGAAUCCGGUAACUUCAGGGGCGAUGUGCAAAACUCCACCCCUAAAGUGGUUGGAAGAAACAACCUCGCGGAUGGCGUCCUUCAAAAAGUGGGCAAAAAAGGGUCGGUCUGGGCUGGAAAAGAGGAAUUGUACUUGCAUAUGGACAAAGGUACAACAAUCAAACUGCCAUAUACUUACCUGCGCGAUUCAUGCCAGUGUGGAGUGUGCAAGGAUCAACACUCGAAGCAGCGCUCGUUCCGCACAAGUGACAUUCCCAAGGACAUUUCUCCGACCUGGGUCAAUUGGGAUGGAAAGAAGCUUUUAAUCCGGUGGGCCAAGGAUAUUGGGGAGUCUCAGACGACGCAUGAAUCAACCUGGGACCGUGACUUUCUAAAACGGCCCAUUUUCAACACUCAUCGUCAGCACUCAAACCAGAACAGCAAACCGAUCAUAUGGGGACGGGCCCAAAUGGACAGAAGUCAACAUUGGGUAUCUUACUCGGACUAUAUGGCCGAUGAUUCCAAAUUUGCCACAGCGAUGCACCAGUUGCAGCGACUGGGCCUUAUUUUUGUGAAGGAUAUUCCAGACUCACGAUCGAUGGUUGAAGCUAUUGCAACACGGAUGGGACCACUACGAAACACCUUCUACGGAUCAACGUUCGACGUCCGCACUGUUCCGCAGGCGACAAAUGUCGCAUAUACAAACCAAUUCCUUGGAUUCCACAUGGAUUUGAUGUAUAUGAACGAGCCACCGGGAUACCAGCUCCUCCACUGUUUGGAGAACUCAUGUUCGGGGGGCGAAUCAAUGUUCGCAGACACAUUUUCGACUGCGAAGCUCAUGAGUGAGAGAUACCCAGAAGAUUAUAAAGUGCUUUGCGAGCAGCGGUUGGGGUACGAGUAUAGGCACGAGGAACACAUCUAUUACAAUGAACGACCUGUCUUUGAGCAUGACUCGAACACAGACGACCUCCGCCAUGUCAAUUACUCGCCCCCCUUCCAGUCUCCCCUCCCACCACGGGAUGGAAGAGACUACGAUGCUAGGUCUGUGAACAAACUACGAGACGCCCUUGCGACUUUCACUUCAAUUAUUGAUAAUCCGAAACACACCUUUGAGCUGAAGCUCAAUCCGGGUGAGUGUGUCAUCUUUGAUAACAGAAGAGUCGUCCAUGCCCGCCGCCAAUUCAAUGCCAGCACAGGAUCUCGCUGGUUAGCAGGCGCGUAUGUCGACACGGAUGCUCUGCUAUCCAGGUUCGCCGUCUGUAGGCAUAAGCAUCCACAUGUUUGGACAAAAAAGGCCAAGAAGGACCUGGCAGCCAACAACACAGACAAUCACCAGGAAAGAAGCGAAUCAUCAGAAGAAGCAAGAAGCUAA